AUGGAUUUUCGCACUGUUGGUAUUUUGGGCGGUGGCCAACUCGGUCGUAUGAUUGUCGAAGCUGCCAGCAGACUGAACGUUAAAACGGUUAUUUUAGACGCCGCAAAUUCUCCUGCCAAACAGAUCAACGCUACCGGGGACCAUGUUGAAGGCUCUUUUGCGAAUCCUGAAGAUAUAGAGAAGCUGGCCGCAAAAUGCGAUGUGCUUACUGUAGAAAUCGAACAUGUUGAUGUACCUACUUUGAAGAAGUUGCAAACCACUUAUCCCGAUCUGAAAAUAUAUCCAAGUCCCGAGACGAUUGCAUUAAUCCAAGACAAGUUUACUCAAAAGGAGCACUUAAUAAAGAAUGGGAUUGCCGUUGCUGAAAGUAUUGCCAUCGAGAACGCCACAGAGCAAAGUUUGGCUGCCGUUGGAGCUAAAUUCGGCUACCCUUAUAUGUUGAAAUCCAGAACUCUGGCUUAUGAUGGUCGUGGUAACUUUGUUGUCAAAUCCAAGGACUCUAUCCCACAGGCUCUUCAGGAGUUGCACAACAGACCACUUUAUGCCGAAAAAUGGGCUCCCUUUGCAAAAGAACUGGCCGUUAUGAUUGUGCGAGCUGUUGAUGGUAAAGUAUUCUCUUACCCUACUGCCGAAACCAUCCAUCAGGACAACAUCUGCCACACUUGCUUUGCCCCAGCCCGGGUUCCAGAUUCCGUUCAGUUGAGAGCCAAGCUACUUGCUGAAAAUGCAAUCAAGUCAUUUCCCGGCUGUGGUAUUUUUGGUGUUGAAAUGUUUUACUUGGAUAACGGGGAACUUUUGAUCAAUGAAAUCGCUCCCAGGCCACACAAUUCUGGCCAUUACACAAUAAAUGCAUGUGUAACAUCCCAAUUUGAAGCCCACGUCAGAGCCGUUUUGGAACUACCUUUGCCAAGAAACUUUUCAACCAUGGCAACUUACGAUACAAAUGCGAUCAUGCUGAACAUUUUGGGAGACAAGGAGACUAAGGACGGCGAAUUGCAAAUCUGCGAGCGUGCUCUCAGGACGCCAGGUACUUCCGUAUACUUGUAUGGAAAGGAGUCUAGGCCAAAGAGAAAGAUGGGCCACAUUAACAUAGUAGGCUCAUCGAUGACUGAAUGUGAGCGGAAGUUAAGUUAUCUACUUGGUGAAAGCAAAGACAAUGGCAGUUCUAGCGCGGCAGACAGGCUUGCCCCAGUCAUACCAGGCAUUUCUCAGAAGCCUCUGGUGGGUGUGAUCAUGGGUUCCGAUUCUGAUCUUCCUGUUAUGAGCCAAGCAUGCAACAUCUUGAAUCAGUUCGAUGUUCCAUAUGAAGUUACCAUUGUAUCCGCACACAGGACUCCUCACAGAAUGAGCAGAUAUUCUAUAGAAGCAGCAGAUCGAGGGCUUAAGGUAAUUAUUGCCGGUGCUGGUGGUGCUGCUCACCUACCUGGAAUGGUAGCUGCUAUGACACCGCUUCCGGUUAUCGGAGUUCCUGUCAAAGGUUCAACGCUUGAUGGUGUCGACUCACUACACUCCAUUGUUCAAAUGCCUAGAGGUAUUCCAGUCGCAACUGUUGCUAUCAACAACAGUACUAACGCGGCUCUCUUGGCCAUAAGAAUGAUUGGCUCUAGUAACUCAUCCUACCUUCGCAAAAUGCAAGAGUUUUUGUUGAAACAAGAAGAGGAGGUUUUAGAGAAAGCGGGAAAGAUUGAAACAAUCGGAUACCAGUCGUAUCUUGACCAGAAAUAA